AUGCUGCACAGGCGGACGAGAGCCAGCAGUAGCAGCAGUAGCAGCAGCAGCAGCAGCAGUGAAGAGAGUUUGCUGUGGUCCUUGUUCCUGCAUGAUCGAAGCGCAGGAGAAAUUCUAGGGCUCUUGGGGCUCCUUGGACUCCGUGGGUUUCUUCUCCCAGCCAGCGCCCGCCAACCGCAGGCAGCAUCAGCACCUGCGCUCCUCCCGCCAGAAACACCACCACACGCCCACGUCGCUGCUGUUGCUGCUGCCGCACCCAGCUCCAGCUCCAGCUCCAACCUCAACUCCAAUAACACCACCACGGAGCCUGCAGCCCUCGGUCGCAGCCAUCUAUCACCGCGGGCGCUUGAAAAACAAGCUGUUAGAGAUGCACCUGGCCUGACUCCCGAGAUCCAUCAUCCCCAACCUCCUUUUCCAGAUCCGCGGCUAUUGACCUCACCCUCUGCUGAACCUGCUCCUUCCCCCGACUACCUGCUCUAUCAACAGAAGCCUCUCCCCCCUCCACCUGCACCUUCACCUUCACAAGCGCCCAGUUCGAAUCGUAGAUCCUUCCUCGAAGCGCUGCUCCCGCGGCAGGGCCAAAAACGAACCAUUCCUCCCGAUAACCGCUCUGCCACUUCGCGCGUCCUCAAUCCCAUCAACUACGUCCCCCGUCCUACCCCAGUCCGAGUCCAGCCACAACGGCCUCAGCUUUCCACCGACGUUGGCGGCGGUGCUCGCGGCACGGGGGAGGUCCAUACUCUUCUUUCCCUUCCCGAACAACGUCGCUCACGUCAACAUUCUCCCACGGACCCCAUUGUUGAACACAGUCCCCAUCUCACCCCUACUGGCGACCGAACCAGCAUAGGCCUCCCUUUUAAUCAACAGCGCGGCAACAAUUUCCUUCCCGAAUCUUCCUCACGAGGUGUGGAGCCGAUGGUCGACCUGGAAAAGCAAGAACCCGGCGGGCUCAAGCCGCCUGAACGGGGACACACAGUACCUACGUCUAAAUUUAAUGGGGAUAACACGACGACGACGCAGCAGCAACAGCAGCAGCAGCAGCAGGGCUCUGUGCUAGGACAAAGCUAUGGCGUCAACCCCCUGGACCAACCUCUACAACCCCCUCGCCGCAUUACCUCUCACAAGUCAUUGAAACGAGCACAAUCAGCCGCAUCAAUACACUCCUCUGCAUUUGGUGGGAGGACAUACACAGACAGCGGCCAACCCCCAAAUACAGCAUCACUAGAAGACGUCGAAAGAGGAGCACCCAAUGGAGAUGAAGACAGCGAUGUCGCUGAAGAACUGGCCUGGGGCCCUUCCCACCCUUGUUUCCCACAUCGGAAUCCACACGUCCCCAUACACUCACCCGAGUACUCGGCCACCCGCAUUAUCCGCAUCCGGCGCGACUGGAUGGUGGUGGGCGAUCUCGCACCUACGUUCUCAAACAUAUACCCCGAAAUCCUCGACCCAUUAAUGCAAGAACAAGAAUUUCGUUACGUAAUCGAACACAUCAAUCAAACUCUCUGUCAAGCAUACGACCCUUUCUCGGCAUGGAACUGGUUUGAUGGCACAAUGGGUGUACUAACAGGGUGGUUGUGGGAAGACUUUCGACCCUGGGGAAUCAAAGGCGCUCUAAGGGGCCUAGAAGAAUGGUUGGAGGACUGGAAUCAUACCGUCGGUGCGCGGGAUGGCGUGAAGCUUAUUCCCUUGAGGAGGACCGGGUACAUGAAUCUGGAUAUCCAGAUCCCCGAUCCUCAGGUCAGAGUCGUGGGUGAGGAUGGGGAGAGUCAAGGCCCACGACCUAAUACAGAAGGGACGGGGACAGGGAUUGCGCCACCGCAGAGCGCAACGGUCGGCUUAACGGGCAGGUCGCCCUAA